UUAGACUGUGUACAUAUAGAGAUAUACAUUGACUUAAUAUUAACGCUCUUUGGGUAAGAUACAUUUCUUUUCCAAAUUAAAGCUAACAGCUAAACGCUAGGUUAGCUUGGUAUGCUAACGUAGGUACGUCAUCGUCAUGUAACGUUAGCUUCGCAGCAACGCGUUGAGGUCAUAGCUAUAGCUAGCUAGCUAGCUAGCUCCGUUAACCUUUAUUAUUCUGUUAGCUAUGAAAUAAUAAUAAUUUGAACCGGAACCGAACGUUAACUGUUAAUCUAAAUACGGUACCGACCGUUAACGGACAGAUCUGCUAACGUUAGCAUUAUUAUAUUAUAAUUUAAAAGACGAGACACGAAGACUUUACGUAUCGGGCUGAAGCUAGAAGGGAUACAGCUACGGUGACGACAGGUAUUUGGACACCAAAAUUACUUUGAAGUUCAAGGGAAAUGUCGUAAUUUUAAUUAAAACAUUCCAGAGAAACAAAUACGCGUUUCCAGGUUGAAAGUAUUAAAAUAUUUUACUUUAGUCUAGAUUUUGCGCGAUUUAGCCUAACUUCCGGCCGUAGCUGUAUCCCUUCAGACGAGAACCCUUCCCGAAAAACGGUCAUUUCUGACAUUAAGCGUUAAUAAUCGUAACUUAUCGCGAUAAUAACGACGAUAUAAACCGGGCCAGAGUAGAGGGACCUCUCAGCAACAGUUCGGCGGGGUUCACGUCAACGUCACCCAGGUUUUAGGUAACAUUAACCCGGGUUAUUCCCAUCUAGUGCAGGACGCGUGGCGUUGGAGAUGUUGGCGCUCAGGUGCAUUGUGGGGGAUGUGCGAGUAGGAGGCAGACUCCUGAGAGCGUUGCCCCCCUCCCUCCCUCAGCGGCGGGUCCUGUCCCGGGGGGGCGGCCCCUCCCCCCCCUCCCCCGGGCCAAGGCUGCGGACCCGCCUGGCGGUGGCGCUGGCGCUCGGCGGCGGGCUGCUGGCCGCGUGGCGCCUCGUCCACGGGGAGAAGCAGCAGCAGCUGCAGCGGCAGCGGGUGGAGCAGCUGCAGAAGGCGGCGCUGGGGCGGGGCGCCUUCAGCCUCGUGGACCACACCGGGCGCCGCCGCACCAAGGCCGACUUCCUGGGCAGCUGGGUGGGUCAGACA